UUUGGGAACUUGGGCGUUGGACUCCGCAUCUUAUUAGCAACAAGGGAGAUUUCUCCAUUUUCCACCCUGUCUACAGCAACAAACCUGGGAUUUUUAUUACUUCUCUCAACUUGGCAGGCGGUUUUUGUUUUAUGAGAAAUACCCAUUUUGUACUUUUCAUCAAGACUUUGAUUACUUGCAGAGUAAACUUUUAAAAGAGAGAGUCUUUCUCGCGUAUUUAAGUAAGACGCUGAAGUCUUUGUUCCCUUUUUGGAUCGGUUCAGUUUCUUUGUUGGACAGAAAGCAUGGGAGCGCAAUUCUCCAAGACCGCUGCGAAAGGCGAAAUCGCUGCUGAAAUACCGGGAGAAGCCGCUGCUGCUUCCCCUUCAAAGACCAAUGGACAGGAAAAUGGCCAUGUGAAAGUAAAUGGUGACGCCUCUGCAGCAGAAGCUGGGAAGGAGGAGGCUCAGGCAAAUGGAAGUGCCCCAGCUGAAGACAGUCCCAAAGAAGAGGCAGAAAAAACUGAGGCAGCUGCUGCCGACAAGGAAAGCACGGAGGGAGACAAGGAGAAUGCAGAGGCGGCCUCUCCCGCUGAAGGAGAGGGUUCGUCCAAGGCAGAGGAUGGGGCCACACCCUCAACCAGCAGUGAAACCCCCAAAAAGAAAAAGAAGCGCUUCUCCUUCAAGAAGUCCUUUAAGCUCAGCGGCUUCUCCUUCAAGAAGAACAAAAAGGAGACCGGAGAGGGGGCUGAGAAUGAAGGGGCAACUGCCUCCACAGAGGAGGCAAAGGAUGAGGCAGCUGUGGCACCAGAGGCCACCAGCACAGAGGAAAGCAAGCCUGCCCAGGAGGAGGCUGCACCUGCUGCUCCUUCCACCAGCACAGAGGAGACCAAGGAGGAGACCAGCUCUUCACAAGAGGCCAAAUCUGAAGAGAGUGUGCCAGAAAAGCCUGUUGUGGGGGAGACCCAGGCAGCUGCUGCCCCUGCAGCUGAAGAGCCCAAACCGCCAGCGGAGGAGAAGCCAGCGGAGGAGAAGCCAGCAGAGGCAGCUCCUGCCCCUGAAGCAAAGUCCACUGAGCAGGAAGCACUGAAAGCAGAAGAGCCCGCCCCCACACCCGCCACACAAGAAGCUCAUUCCGCGUCCAGCUCCGAGGCCCCGACUGCUGCGGCUGCAGAAUAGGGCUUGAACCUCCACAGAAAAAGAGGAAAAAAGAUAAUCAGAACUUUCGCUCCCUGUUUGUUUGUUUGGCGUGGUGCCAGGUACUGGUUUUGGAGAACUUGUCUACAACCAGGGAUAUUUUAAAGCUGUUGUGUUUUAUUUCCCCACAAAACCAUUUAAUUCCAAUAUUACCAUUCCAACUGGCAGUGAAGUCAGCGGCUUAAAAAAAUUGGUGUAGGUUUUUUCUUUUUUUUGCAUCAGUAUUAAUGUUUUUUGCAUAUUUUUUUUUUACACAAAAUGUAAACUUGUUAAUAGAUGGACAUGCCCGUGGUGUGAAGGAGGUGGUCUAAGGGGUGUCAAAUGUAAAAUGAAGUGAUGGGGAGCCACAAUUAAGUGGCAUUGUAGCUGUGCCUAAAUACGCCACAGAGGUUAGUCUUUAAGAAAAUUUAAAAGUCUUUGUGUGAAGUGUACCAUAAGGUUUACAACGGUCAUUUUUUAUUACAAGGAGAAGUCAAUUCCCAGAUGAAAUAGUUUUAGCAAGUCAUUUAAAUCCUAGGAUCUCUUUCUCUCUCAUUAGUUGUACCAGUCGGUGAUUAAGUAGAAAACAAGUUGUAUAGGCUUUAUUGUUUAUUGCUGGCUUCAUGAUCUUUAAUAAAGUGUAAUUAUGUAUUACCAGCAGGGUGUUUUUAACUGUGAUUAUUGUAUAAAUGAAAUCUUGAUAUCAAGAAGCACAUGAAGUUUGCAGCUCUUUUUCCACCCUGCUUAUUUUUGUAAAAUAAACGUCAUCCUGGAAGACCUUUUUAAAAAAAAAAAAACAAAACAAAAAAAAAAUUUAAACUCAAAGCUGUGAUAAGUGGAAUGGUUUCUGUUUAUAUACCGUGGUAUGUUCUGAUUACAGCAGGCAAUGCAGUUUCUUUUGUUUGUUUUUUCUCAGAUGAAAUGUUGUGCAGCAUCUUGUCGAUCACUUUUUUUUUUUUUUGUAAAUACUGGAGAAGCUUUGACCAAUUUGACUUAGAAAUGGAAUGUAAGUUCUCUUACAAAACAAAUUGCUAUUAAACUCCUCUGCUAAAGGUGUUCUAAUUUUCUGUGAGCACACAAAGCAAAAAAUAAAUGUGAAUAAAAUUUGA